GAACAGGUGGGUCAAAGGUUGGCCAUCGCGGUGCAUUGUGGGGAGAAGUACAAAGCAGUGGGUGAGGGACCAAAAAAUAGGUGUCAGCCCCAAAUUUUUAUGUUUCUUCCCCAUAUGUUGGGCUGGUAGAGCCGUAAUUUGCUCCAGACAAACGGUAAACGUAGUUGGCUCGGCAGCUUGCAGUAGGGAGGGCCAUUUCCCCAAGAUUAGCUAUUUUUUUCCAGCCUAAUCGCGCGUCGGGAGCAGACGGAAUUCGCGGAAGAAGAAGCCAACAUGAUUCCGUGCCAGGUGGUUGUACUGGUGCUGAUAUUGUCGGCAGGACCGGCGGUUCACGGACAGGGCGGUACGGAAACUACGCCCGCCCCACAGCCACCCCAGCCUGUAGCAGGCUGUGACCGGGUUCUGAACUCGAAGGCUCGGCGAGACAAGUGUGGGGUGUGUGGCGGUGAUAACUCCUCCUGCAAGACUGUAGCCGGAACAUUCAACCUCAUCCAGUAUGGUUACAAUGAUGUUGUCACCAUCCCUCGUGGGGCCACAAACAUUGACAUCAGGCAGCACGGCUACUACGGACGUGUGGAUGAUGACAACUAUCUCGCCCUGAGAAGAAGUAAUGGCGAGUACAUCCUGAACGGGAACUUUGUCGUCAGCAUGUUUAAGAGGGAGAUCAGGGUGGCAGGACCUGCAGUGCUGGAGUACUCUGGCUCUGACAAUGCCAUCGAACGUGUCAACGGGACCAAACGCAUUGACGAGGAUAUUGUAGUCAUGGUUCUGUCUGUAGGGAAGCUGUACCGUCCAGACAUCCGCUACUCCUACAGUUUCCCUGUGGAGAAGCCACAGUUCAGGUGGGAUCCCAACGGGCCAUGGGGGGAGUGCAGCAAGGUCUGCCAAGGCCAGAAGAAGAAGAAGGUGCAGUGUAUCCGGGAAGACGAUGGCCAUGUGGUCUCUGACCAACGUUGCCACCACCUGAGCAAACCUGGCACCAUCACCUCCACCUGUAACAUGGACUGUGAGAUCAUGUGGGUGAUAGCCCAUACCAGUGAGUGCUCAGUGCGAUGUGGAACUGGAACUGUCACCAGAGUUAUCCAGUGUGUUAAGAACCCCCUGAGCAGUCAGCCGAUCGUCGUGGAUGACAAGUAUUGUGAGGAUCAGCGACCCUCGGAUGUUGAGAGGUGUUCUGGGGAAUGUCUGCCUACUCACUGGGAGUUCACACAGUGGUCUGAGUGCACCCGGACCUGUGGCGGAGGCAGCCGGUUCCGCGAUGCCAGCUGCCUGGACAGCAGUGGGAGCCCGGUCUCUCACGACGAGUGUGAUGCCAGCAACCGGAUAGUCGACCAGAUCUGCAACGAUCAUGCCUGCCCGCAGUGGGUAGUCAACGACUGGACUGGGUGUUCGGUCACAUGUGGGGAUGGUGUUCGUCAUCGCCAGGCGUUCUGCCACAACGGCGUGCAGGAGGUGGACGUGAGCGACUGCGAGUUGGACUCCAGGCCUGAGAUGAAGCAGCCAUGUAACCUGGGGGAGUGUCUCACCUGGCACUAUGGCAACUGGGGACAGUGUACUGUGACAUGCGGCCGUGGGUACCGUCUGCGAGCUGUGGUCUGCAGGACUCCCAAAGGGGAGGAACUUGAGGACAGUGAGUGUGAUGCUGCUGCGAGGCAUGUCGACAUCGAGGACUGUGAGUUUGCUCCGUGCCUGGAAAUUCUGCCCACCACACCUCCUCCACCCGUCUGGGUCAGAACAGAGUGGAGAACUGGCUCAUGGACUGAGCUGGAAAUAGGAAAGUACUCCCUCCCUCCAACCCUCACAGCUGUGAAAUCCACAGGGUACCUCGCGAUGAUGAGAGAAGGCUUCCCCCCUCCGAUGGACCGGGUGAAAGGCGGAGAGCUGACGAGGGGAGUCCGGGAACUGGACACCAGGAUCAAGGAAGACCUGCUGGAGUUUAGGGACAGGGUAGUCGUCAUCAGCGCGUGCGCAGGCCGCCCCUCGCUUUGGAAGAAGUUUGACCAUAGAGUGAACUAUAACCCGGGCCCUACUGAACUGUUUGGGCAUUUUUAG